GCCGCUGCUAAGCAGCAGCAGAAAGCCCUGAGGAAAUCUAUUGACCUGCUGCCGCAGCUGCUGCAGGAGCUGCAGCAGCAGCAGCAGCAGCAGGCUGAUAGAAGCGCCAAGAGGCUAGCGGGCGAAAAAGCAAAAGAAGCAGCAGCAAGGAAAGGGAUUGUCUCCUUCAAAAUAGGCCGCAAACGCUUUGUGGGGUCUCCUGCAGUGCCGCUGCUGCCAGAGGAAACAACGGGCUGCUUAAGGACAACUAAGGUGCAAGGCGCUGCUGCUGCAGCAGCAGACCACCUGGCGUCGCUGCACCGCCGCGGAAGGCUGGAGCUGCCAGCAGAAGCAACAGCAGCGCAUGCAGUGCGAAUUAAGAAGCAGCUAAGCAGAGCAGCAAAUAGAAUUAAAAUAAUUAAAAGAGAAGGAGGAGCCACCCACGCUGUCUAG